AUGCACAACAUGGAGCGCCCAGCACAGUGUCCCCAUUGUGGCAAUGUCUACAUGGCAGACUCGGACUUCUGCAGGCACUGUGGGAGAAAGCGAGACACCUUCGAUGACUUUCGAGAGUUCUGUACCAAGAUCAUCUCGAACGCUUCUGAGAACUUGUGCAACCAUUAUGAGCGAGAGAUUCAGCAGCUCACGACGGAUCUGGUAACCUGCCGAACGCAGCUCGGCCGCUGUGCCGAGCUUUUGGGCCAGCAGCUGGCAAAGGAGCAAACCUACAGAGACAUCAUCGAGAGGCUGUCCGAGAGUAGCAUGCGUGUCCUUCAGAACUUCAACAGCCCGGGUGUGGACGAUGCCAUGAAGCAGCAGCUGCACCAGAUGCUGGAGGCUAUGCACCAGCAGAGCUCGUCGUACUGGCAAGAUGGUUUUGGCCAUUUGCACGCGCACAAAGAGCUCGCGGAGACUCACUUGAUGACCUCUGCAGAGUUGCAGAACCAGGCGGAAGCUGUACAGAAGGAGCUGGACAAUAUCAUGCGAGUACUCAAGGAGCCGCCUGUGCGUCCGACCAAGCUGGCUCUUCCAGGCCAUGUGCCCAAUGCAGCCUUGACUCCACCUGCUGUCUCGGCGGCGUCCACGAAGCCAUGUGGAUUUUCCCAAAUGGGGCAGGCCAUGUCGCUGGCUGAUCGUGGCCCAUCUUUGGGAGGCGUCUCAGCAGGAGCUCGUCCGUGGGCGGGUUGUGGUGCCUGCGGUGCCGGAAUCAAUGCACCGAAGCCAGCUUUCCAGCUGCAGGUGGACAAAAGGCCGGGAGUGGACCCGGCGAUUGCGCCAAGUGGGAGCUCGAAAGCAAGCUGUAUGACCCCUGUGGCCCCCGUAUGGACGGGAAAUUGA